GCAGAGGGUCGGCCGGCCCCAACCCCGGCCAGGCCAGGCCCGGCCGCGUCCGCAUGCGCAUUGCACUGCAGCGCAGCACAGCACAGCACAGCACGCUAGCUGCCUGCGUGCGCAGGCAUAGGAAUAGGAGGACACACACACCGCCUACCUAGCACGCACUUCGCUCGUCUAGCCAGAGCCAGGCAGGCAGCUGGACGGAAAAGGCGAGUCGACGUACGCGACGCGGAGCCCAAUACUAUAUAUGGGCUCCCGCCCCUUGCCUUGUCUUGCGCCGCCAGCGGAGGAGCCGCCCGAGGACGGGUAGCGUGGCCGUGCCUGCAUCAUCGCCCACAGGCGCUGGACAAGGCUGUGCGUUCGGGUCCGUUCGCGAUUUAUUUGGCCAGAAUCGGCUGGGGAAUCGGUCCCAAACAGGCUUAUUCUUCUUCCGUUCACCCCCCUCCCUCUCUCUCUCUGUCCUCCUUGCGGCGGGGACGAGCCGAGCGCCGCCGCCGUUCUCGUGCUAUUCGCCUCUCACGAGCAGCACCCACCAGCGUAAGGCCGACAUUGCUGGAUGCGGGCGCAGUUCAUUUUCCUUUGUACCCAACUAAGUGCGGGUCCAGUUUAUUUUCCAAGGACCGCAGGGGAAACAGCGAAGCCUGCCUCUGUUGCCAUACAGAUGAUGAUCCUGCAUUGCAGGAGCAUGGUGGUGUGUCGAGAGAUUGUCACACGGCAGUUACUAUCCUGUUUGGGAACACGAAGAUUAAGCACUCUAUUAAGAAAUGCUAACCUGUCUAAUGUUCAUAUGUUUGUCCAGUGUUGGCCGCAAUAUUUAGAUUAUGUGCAAACAAUUAUUAAGAUGUGUGAACUAGCAUUAUGGUAGAUGGAUAAUAAACUAUUGUUGUAGCAGAUGAUCUAUGCCACUCAGUGCUAGCAUAUAUGGUUUUGUAACUGCUUUACAAGCAGUGUAAUUUAUGUAGGGAUAUACCGGAUGCAUCAGUAACUGACAGCUCACGUUUCUCAUUUGGAUAAAUCGAGUAUAACAUUGUCCUAGAUUGUCUUUGGAUUAUAAAAUUAGUAACCUAGGUUUAGGCGCCAUUUUGAUGAUCGAGGAUAGGCCAAUCUUCUAAAACAAAUAUGGUUUCAAUUAACUUUCACUUUCUUUUCCAAUAUGUCUAUAUCUAUGUGUAAGAAGAAAAUGCUCUGCCUCUACUGUUUCUUAGCAGCAAAUCUAUUUUUUCUUCUUCUUCAGAUCAUCCGUCUGCUUGCUUCACAAUCCAUCUAAUGGAAGACCAUUCAUCAUGGGACUAUCUUCCAGUUGAGCACAUUAGAACUCCUGUAUUCAACUCUGGAGUUGUUUCCGAAGCUAGCAAUGGAGGCAACGACUUCUCAAUAUCAUUGGAUGCUGUCGUCCCUGAUGAUAUCCUGGAGAGGAUUUUCACAUUCCUGCCUAUAGCAAGCAUGAUGAGGGCAACAUCAGUGUGCAAGAGAUGGCACGACAUUAUCUGUUCAAGGAGAUUUCUGUGGACCCACAUGCUGCCUCAGCGGCCAUGGUACUUCAUGUUCACCUCUAAUAAAACUGCUGCUGGUUAUGCUUUUGACCCCAUCCUCCGCAAGUGGUAUGAUUUAGAGCUUCCUUAUAUUGACAAGAGCAGCUGCUUUAUCUCUUCUUCUUGUGGCCUAGUUUGCUUCAUGGACAAUGACAACAGGAACACCAUUUCUGUAUGUAACCCUAUAACAAAGCACUCCAGGAGGCUUUUAGAGCCGCCCGGUGAGACAUUGCCAGACUACAGUACCAUUGCCAUGAAUGUGGAUCGGCUGUCCCAUAAGUACUCCAUUGCAUUGGCGAAAUCUAAGCAGAUUCCUGAAGAUUUUGUCCGAUGGGACUUUUCAGUAUACAAGUACGACUCAUCGAGUGGUUCAUGGGUAACUUCUGUGAGGGAAGUGUUCGUUGGUUGGAGAGGAGGUGAUAAUAGUGUCAUAUGUGACGGUGUCCUGUACUGCUUGAUUCAUUCCACUGGUGCUCUUGGCAAUGUCAACCCCCGUCAUGGCCUUAUCAUGUAUGACCUUGCCGGUGAACCAUCCGAGACUUCGUUGAUGCAAACGUCAAUCUCAGUACCUUGUUCUCUCACGUGUGGCCGUCUGGUAAACUUGAAGGAGAAGCUGGUUCUGGUUGGUGGGAUCGCAAAACACAACAGACCUGAUAUCAUUAAAGGCAUAGGAAUAUGGGAGCUCCAUGAAAGACAGUGGCAUGAGGUAGCUCGGAUGCCCCACAAGUUCUUCCAAGGAUUUGGUGAAUUCGAUGAUGUUUUUGCCUGCAGCGGUAUAGAUGACCUUGUCUACAUACAAAGCUAUGGUGCAACUGCUUUGCUUGUUUUUGACAUGAUGCAAAAGCAAUGGAGGUGGUCCGUUAAAUGCCCUGUGAGCAAAAGAUUUCCUCUCCAGCUAUUCACUGGCUUUUGCUUUGAACCGCGGCUUGAUAUCACAGUUUAAUAUGUACAAAAUUGUGCUUUUGCCUUUUAGUGGAGUCAGGUCAGCUACCAUGCUAAUUCUUAUCAGGAAAUUCCAUGCAAGUUUUGUCGCAUUCUUUCAGCCAUUUUCCCGUUACCCUUUUCUGAGCUGUAACCACUGAUGGCCCCUCAUUGGCCCUGCAGCAUGCAAUUAUUUGUCUGUUCUGACAUCACCAGAUUGUAAAUGUAUAGAAUGCUACAUGUGCUCACUUGCAUAUGGCUGAAGAUGUACCUUUAUUUGCAGAAACAGUGUUAAGCUGUACCUUUGUUUGCAAAAAACGGGACAUAUAUGCACUAUGCUUAUCAGGUUUCCAAGUUAUCCCUUGAACUGCGUCGGCAACAUCUGGAUAGCAUGUUUAAUCUGUUGCACAUAAUUGAGUGACAGGUUAUCCUUACAGGUUAGAGGUUACAGCAUGACCAGGCUGAUAAAGUUUCGGUGCUGUAAAUAAUGUCGUCUGCUUUGUUUUUGUUCGAUAUCUUGCUAUCCGCUAUGUUUUGAGCCCACACCCUAUUCUAUAUGUCAUAGCUGACAUUUGUCC